AUGACGUUUGAUCACACAAGUCGGUUUGAUCACACAGUACAGUCAUUCAGAAGAGAGGCUAAAUAUACCGCAGAUCCUGUUCUACCUGUGUCACCCGUCUUGUUGGGUCUUAAGCUUAAGAAUGAAGAACAUCUUCAGUGUGAAGAUAUUCCAUCCAACAAUCUCACAAAUGGUGCUGUCACUGUAAUGGAAAGAACUAUUGGAUCUACGGCAAAUUUUACAUGUGACGCAGGACAUUUACUUGUUGGAAACAAAACUAUAACAUGUACAUCCUCGGGAUGGAAUGAGAAUAUACCACAAUGUCGCUUUCAGUGUGAAGAUAUUCCAUCCAACAAUUUCACAAAUGGUGCUGUCACUGUAAUGGAAAGAACUAUUGGCUCAACGGCAAUUUUUAUAUGUGACGCUGGACAUUCACUUGUUGGAAACGAAACUAUAACCUGUACAUCCUCAGGAUGGAAUGGGAAUAUACCACAAUGUCGCUUUCAGUGUGAAGAUAUUCCAUCCAACAAUCUACCAAAUGGUGCUGUCACUGUAACGGAAAGAACUAUUGGCUCAACGGCAAAUUUUACAUGUGACGCAGGACAUUCACUUGUUGGAAAUGAAAUUAUAACAUGUACAUCCUCAGGAUGGAAUGGGAAUAUACCACAAUGUCGCUUUCAGUGUGACGAUAUUCCAACCAACAGUCUAACAAAUGGGACUGUCAUUGUAGUGGAAAGAAAUGUUGGCUCAACGGCAAAUUUUACCUGUGACGCAGGACUUUCCGUGGUUGGAAGAAAAUCUAUUACGUGCACAACAUCAGGCUGGAAUGGGAAUAUUCCACAAUGUCGCUUUCAGUGUGAAGAUAUUCCAACCAACAGUCUAACAAAUGGUGCUGUCAUUGUAUCGGCAAGAAAUGUUGGCUCAACGGCAAAUUUUAUCUGUAACAGAGGAUUUUUCCUGGUUGGAAGAAAAUCUAUAACGUGCACAACAUCAGGCUGGAAUGAGAAUAUUCCACAAUGUACAAAAAUAUUAUGUCCUGAGACGGUAGCCUUCUUUCGUGGUUCAAAGUACAUAUUCAAAUGUAACCAGGCAACUUGGUCUAAUUCUGAGGCUAACUGCAAUGUCCUUGGUGGACAUUUGACUUCUGUUGAAACUGGUGACGAAAACGCUUUUUUAGUAGAUGUUGUUGCAUUGAUGCAGAAACACAUAACGCAAAUAUUUUUUGGAUAA